AUGAAGCUACUUCCUUCUCUUUUCAAGAACAGAGCAUCGCCGGACCGCCCAUGGCAAUGGCCCUUAUGCGGACCUUCCAAAACUCCAUCAUUCAGAGCCGGCCCCGACGACCACCAAAUUUUCUCUACACUCAACUCAAUCUUCUUCGACAAUUUCUUCUCCGAUCCAAUCCACACUCCCGAUUCUUGGUUCGCUACCUCCUCUCUCUUCGAGUCCGCCAGGGUUUCGCUUUCCACCGAGUUCGAGGACGAUUUGGAGUUGGUGAUCCGAGGCGCUAAAUCAGAGCGGUUGAUCUUCGAGCCUGGUGAAACGAAUUCCAUUUUGGAGAAAUCCAGAGGCGUAGAAGAAGGUGGAAAGUGUGAAGAAUCGAUUCGAUUCGAAGGAAGUGUGGUUGUGUUAAUGGCGAUGGAAUCUGAAGAUCCAUACCUGGAUUUUAGAAGAUCGAUGGAGGAGAUGGUGGAGUGCCAUGGAAUUAGGAAUUGGGAGUGGUUGGAAGAGUUGUUGAAUUGGUAUCUGAGAAUGAAUGGGAUGAAGAAUCAUGGUUAUAUUUUAGGUGCUUUUGUUGAUUUGCUUGUUGAUCUUGGCGGCGGCGAUGGUUCUACGGAUUCCACCUCCAUAUUUUCCGAUGAUUUGAUCAUACAGCGCCAUGAUCGGGAGAGAUGCGACGUUUAA